UGCAUUGCAACGGGUCUGCUCCCUUUAAGCGAGACUUGUUUGCGUUUAAGGGAUCGGGGUCGAGCCGGGGAUUGUUGUGAUGAAGAUGAUUUUAACGCAAAUGGUUGUUCUAAUGCGUUCCUCCCCCUCUUACCGUUCCCUAUCCAAGGGGAAUCCAGCUCCCCUAGAAGCCCCUUCUGUUUAUUUAUUAUUAUUAUUUUUUUAAUAAUUCCAAAUGCCUUCGAGCUGGCUCGUGAUGGGAGUGAGGGAAGGGCACUCAGCACAUGCCCAGAGGUGCCCUCUUCCCUAUAGUCGAGGAAAAUCAGCCCAAAAACAAAACACAAAAGAGGGGGGCACUCAGGAUCGUUCUAGAAUCUGUCGCUAGAUUCUGGAAGAUUCAUUGGCCCAAGGCUGCCAAAGUCUCUGUUCAGAUUAAGCAACGAAGCUGGUUCUUAUGUUAUGGCUGUGACAGGGACUUGGUCACAGGAAUUUAGCUGAAAGGUUGUGCAUGACUCCCUUUUAUCCAGUGUUAACAAUCUGUAGGAUUGGUGGAUUGUGGAAAUGAAAUGAAUUGGCUGUUGCUGAUGGGGGAAUCUCUUUUCCUAAUUCAAAUUGACAGCAACAUGGUGAAUUUAUACUCUCCCUAUUCAUCUUUUCUUUUCCCCCUUAACAUUUCCAGUAGUGGAUGCUGUUGGACUUUAGCAUUUGUUUGUUUGUUUAGAAAAGUGCAAAAGAGCUGGAUUUGGCAACUUGAUGCAUAGCAUGAUAGCUUUAAAAUGAAUCAACCAGGGUUGUUUUUUAAAAGUAUUUCUCAAAGUUAAAUUUUGAAAGUAGGGUUAGAAAAUGGUCAGAAUUCAAAUGCAAUCCACUGAAACAUUGCCAAGCUUCAGAUCUGUGCAAAAUGUAUUUGCUGUUCUAGUCGGUUCUAUUUUGUAUUUCAACAUAUUUCUAUAGAACUGGACGAGCAGCAUCUGGAGAAAGUAUUUGCAGAGAGGCUGGGAGACUGCUCUUUAUCAGGAGAUACCAGUUAAAAAUGUAUUAAUAUUCUGCUUGGGCUGUUUUCUAGGGCUGUUUGGAAAUGGGUUCCAGAGCAGAACAGACUCAGUUCUGAGUCCUGCAUUAUAGCCGUGCCAAGAGAUACCUGCUAGGUUUGUCUCCUGGUAAUACAGAUCUGCAUCUAAGUAAUGGCAAGAGCGAUGUCCCUGUAGCUGAACGCGCUCUUGUUCCUGGUGCCCAAUGGAGCCAUCUCACAGGUGGCAUGUCGACAGGGGUGAUGGGCAUCCAGCGGAGCUGCAGGCAAAGGCUCGGGUGCUGGUGCCAGGCGGGAGUAGUUGGCCACGAGCGGAAAACCAUGGCAGCGUCGGGCUUGAAAACCAGGUGAUAGAAACCUGCCCCCCAGUUCCUUGGGCUCACUAUAUGCAGACCCCACUCAGCAAUGACAGCCCCCAGAACCACACGGCCUUAGAGGACAGGCCCUCUCAUCCCGAGAUCUACAGCAUUGCCCUGUGGGGGCCCAAACUGCAUUCGGCGCUGACCAGGCACAGAGGGGGGCGGUCCAAUGCACAGGCCUCCCCUCCGGCCUCCAAGCAUCUGGAUCCGCCAGGAGAGGGAGACGCCGCAGACGAAGGGUCCAUGGUGUUGAUUGAUGCUGAAGGGGUCCCCCACACUGUGUCACGCCAAGAGGUCGAGCAGGCUGGGCAGAUGCAAUCCUCUGAGCCCGAGCUGUUGGCGUCAGCCCCGCCGCCCCGGCAGCUGUACUUCUGCCCCAUUUGCCUACGGACGUUCCUGUACCAGUCGGACCUGGAGCGCCACAGCAUCACCCAUUCGGAGAGCAAGCCGUACGUGUGCCGCGAGUGCGGCAAGGCUUUCAAGCGCUCCUCGCACCUUCAGAGGCACAAGCACAUCCACACCGGCGAACGGCCCUUCAGUUGCCCGGUCUGCCGCAAGGGCUUCCGGGAAUCUGGGGAGCUCCUGCGCCACCAGCGAGUCCACACCGGGGAGAAGCCGUACCAGUGCCAGAUCUGCCGGUUGCGCUUCACGGAGCGCAACACCCUCCGCCGACACGCCAAGCGCAAGCACGCCCGUGAGACCUACUACCAGCGCUCCGUCGAGGAGGGAGGCGGCAGCUGGACGACGGCAGGAGACUGGGAAUCGGAAGUGGUGGCGGGAAGCGGUGACUGGGGGCCGGAGGAACUUGGGAGUGGCUGGACCAAUGAAUCGGUGGAGGACUGGGUCGGGGAUGGGAGCCACUGGGGAGAAGCUGCAGAAGGCGGGGCAGGAAGCACUCCAGUAGCUAUGUCACAGAUACCAGAGACAGAACACAGCAAGGACAAAGACAAGCCUGGGAUCCAGCCCUCAUAAAUAUGCAAAAACUAGGUGGGGCGGGGGGCACCAGGGACUGGGACAUGAACUCUGCCCUGCAACUGUCUAAAAGGACUUAAACAUCUGUAACUGCAUUGAGACUUUUCCUGCCCCCUCAAGUGAGGGCAUGAGACUGAGGAUAGGACCGUUUCCUAGAGCUGCUCUAGAAUAUUAUGGCCUUUGAAGUAUCAAUCGGUGGGCAUCACCAAAGACUGGAGAAUGCUACUGGUGGACAGGGAAAAACAUAACUGUCCCCUCCUUCCAACAAUUAUAUCAUGACAUCCAGAGCUGUUGAGGGAUUGGAGAAACAGUGUUAUGUGUUAAACUCUGUAGCAGAGUAUAGCAAAUGAAACUGGGGAAUUUGCUGUUUCUUGUGGUUUCCCAGAGGAAUGGGUACUGGGUGAUGUGUGCUCCUCUCCCGGUUUGUACCAAACAAAAUGCCGAUACACGUUGGUCCUCUGUAAGAUUAUUUGCCCCAUUCUGAGUUGCUUUCUUGGCUCCUCCAUGCAGUGGGGCAUUUUCAAGUUUGCAAACUUUUCAAUGAAUUAACAUAUGCAAAAGA